AUGGAUAGGAUACCUCUUUCAGUAUUUGAAAAGCUCAAUAAUCAAGACUUGUGUCUGGAUGUUCCAGAAGACAGGUUUGUCUCUAAAUGCCUACGAUCUCAAGAGACUUUUUCAACUCCAUGCAAAGAGUGGACAUAUUUUACCAAGGGGAACAACAUCCUUGAGUUUCACGAUACAACUGGAUUGAAUAAAGUUUUAAUAUCAUUUACACAACCGGCAAAGAAAAGGAAACAAAAGAAACCAAAUGGUUCUAGGAAUCAACCAAAGAUAAUCGGCUCUGAUCUUACUGAAGGGUUUAGUGAAUUCAAACCAGAAAGUUUAAAGGACGUAUAUCUGUUUGAUGAUAUUUUAAGGUCAAUACAAUACUUGAUUCACAACAAGAAGUUCAAUCUAGACGAUUUGAAAAUUGUUACUAUCAGAAGACACUUGCAGAAACUAAUGACCAUACCUAUUUACAAACAAGAGGUCCAAUUCAAUGUGAUAUAUUGGAAGGGAAUGAUAUUUUUUGCAUAUGACUGGAAAUCAGAAAGUACCAACAACAACGAUGAUAAUUCUUCAUCUAAAUACCAUAAGCUUAUGCAAUAUACUGGUUUUAAAUUUGAAAAAGUACUAUCUGAAGGCAUUAAAGAUCUGAACUUUUAUACCGUUGUCCAACAUUGUGUUGAUAAUAUUCCUGUGAUUUAUACAGCUGAAAUUGAUUGUAGUAUUGAUAAAGAGAAAGGAUUGGAAAACUAUGUUGAAUUGAAAACACAUAGCAAAUUACCUGAUGAUAAAAUAAGUACAAUUAACAAAUUGAAUAAAAAAUUAUUAUCGACGUUUAUCCAAACCAAGUUUAUUGAUUGUCAGCAUUCCAUUGUAGGGUUCAGAUCAACCGACUUGAAAAUAGCAUCAAUUAAAAAAUAUACACAAAGAGAACUUGCAAGUGUGAUCAAUUCAUUCCCAGUAUUUUUAACUGACAAAUGUUCCAUUAAUACAAAGCUGAUUUUCCAGUGGUAUAAUCUAGUAAUUAAUUGGAUCGUACUGAAAGAAAUCACAGAUCCCAACACUCCACAAAUAUUUCGUUUAUCUUUCAAAAGAGCUCAAGAGUUAAUAAAUUCAUAUUUGAUUAUGGAAAAGAUACAAGAUGAUACGAUAUUUAAUGAUUUAAUUCCUAAAUGGUUCCAGUCGUUUAUUAUAAAUACUUCUAAUAAUCCUCUCUAUGUACAUGAUUAA